CGAUUUCUGAUCCAUCAAACGAGGACUUUUAGUACAAAAUCUGGAGACUUUUAUUAUAGAAAUCGACAUGAACCGGAAGUCAGCCACUGUCGGUCUCUGGUCUGUUUACUUCAGCCGCUGCUGAAUCCGCUUGAUUACAAUGAAGGUCUGAUGUGGCCUCAGUCUUCUCAGCACAGACUGGCCACAAUGUCUCUGAGAUGCUGUCAGAAGAUGUUACUGAGACUCUAUGGUGGCUCUCUGUCCACUGUGAAGAGCUGCAUGUGUUUGAGACGCUACACUAGAGCAGCUCAGAGUCACAGGAGGGUGGUGAUCACUGGCAUCGGGCUCGUUUCUCCCCUCGGGACAGGAAGUGCUCUGCCCUGGCAGCGUCUGAUUGGUGGAGAAAGCGGCUUGGUUGCUCUGGACCCAGAAGAGUAUAAGACUGUCCCCUGUAAGGUGGCGGCCCGUGUGCCGCGAGGAGAUAAACCUGGAGAUUUCAACGAAGAGGCAUUUGCGUCCAAAGGAGAGAUCAACGGCAUGUCUCCAGCCACGGUUAUGGCCGUCGGUGCCGCUCAAUUGGCUCUUGAGGAUUGCGGAUGGUUUCCCAGAAGCCCAGAGGAGCAGCUGAGCACCGGUGUGGCGGUCGGGAUGGGUAUGGUGUCUCUGGAGGAAAUCGCUCGGAUGGCCUCGGCCUUUCAAACACGCGGUUACAGCAAAGUCAGUCCAUUUUUCGUCCCUCGCAUCCUGGUCAACAUGGCCGCAGGACACAUAAGCAUCAAACACAAACUCAAGGGUCCCAAUCACGCCGUGUCCACCGCAUGCACCACGGGAGCUCACGCUGUCGGCGACGCUGCCCGUUUCAUCGCUCACGGUGACGCCGAGGUGAUGCUCGCCGGCGGGACGGAGGCCUGCGUCAGUCCGCUGUCCAUCGCCGGGUUCGCUCGCGCUCGGGCCCUCAGCACCAACUGGAACCAGGAGCCCAGACUCGCCUCGCGCCCGUUUCAUCCAGACAGAGAGGGGUUUGUGAUGGGAGAAGGGGCAGCCGUGCUCGUUUUAGAGGAGUACAGACAUGCAGAGAAGAGGGGUGCGCGGGUGUACGCAGAGGUGCUGGGAUAUGGGCUCUCUGGAGACGCCAGCCACAUCACGGCUCCAACCGCAGAUGGAGACGGAGCCUUCCGGUGCAUGGCUGCUGCUCUCCGUGAUGCUGGAGUGUCUCCUUCAGACGUGAUGUAUGUCAAUGCUCACGCCACCUCCACGCCACUCGGGGACGCCGCGGAGAACGCCGCCAUUAAGAGACUGUUUGAGCAGCAUGCGUACUCACUGGCCGUGUCCUCCACUAAAGGAGCGAGCGGUCAUCUGCUGGGAGCCGCCGGAGCGCUGGAGGCCGCCUUCACUGCCCUCGCCUGUCACCACAGCAUCCUGCUGCCCACCCUCAACCUGGACCGCACCGAGCCAGAGUUUGACCUGAACUAUGUGCCCUGCACAGCGCAGACCUGGAGCUCCAGCGGACGCAGAGUCGCUCUCACCAACUCAUUCGGCUUCGGGGGAACAAACGCUUCUCUGUGUCUCGCGAGUGUGUGAUCACUGUAAUGCAGAUGGAUGAUUUCGGUUCAAAUCCACUGGUAUUUCAUUAAGUGGAAGUUGCAGUAGUCUUUUCUUCCCUAUUGUGACGUUUAUUGUAUUGGAGUGAAACAGAUUCUGGAACAAGAGUGAGUGUAGUGAGUAAUUGAUUGGAUGGUUG